UUGGAAACUUUGGAUCCUUGAUUGUUUUGUUGAGCUGCUGUUUUGCAUUCCAGCCUAAGGAGUUUAACACCAGCUGAUGAUCUUUGUUGGCUUUAGUCUGCUCAAGUAGUGAGAAUUCGUCCAUCUCUUUGCAUGCCGCUGUUAAUAGAUAACUCAAAUACCUGAUAAAUGAGUUUGCUAUUCAAUAUUUCUAAAUGAUUUAUGUGGAAAUAACUUAUGUGGCAAGGAAACUUGUACAUGACGGUUUAGCCUUUGGUAAUAGGCAUAUUGCUCUGAAAUUGCUGUUUCGACUGAACCAUUUUGAUAUUAAUAGGCCAAGUAAAAACUGUUCAUUAAAACUUAUUACUAAGAGUUAAUUAGACUUCAAUUUUAUUGCUUAAGCAAGGAGGAAAUACACAAUCAUCAAUUACAUAAUGGUGUGACUGGAGUGUCAACGUUUUAACGAGCGGGGUUGGACUUUUAUGGGAAAAUGCACUUUUAAAAAGCCUUUAUUGUAUGUUUAUCUUGGUCGCUGUUUGGAGCUGUGCCAGGACCCCUGACCCUACAUGGAAGUCGAGGCCCUCCCACAAGGAUAGCGCCGACAUGCAAUAGCUCAGACCGGCUCUCAGACCGCCGCCGGCGCGCUGCAGCUCUGCCUUCCGUCUCCACGUCUUCAUUUCAUACUGAUUCAUCGGUAGUGAAGUCAAUGAUAUGGAAGAAAAUGCCGAUAAAGUGCAACAAAGAAGAAUGAAUGAAUGCCUAUAAGGUGGAUCUGGACGGAAUACCGGCGAAAGCGGAAGAGCGGAAAGUCCCCUCAGCCAUGACGACUCCGGCCCCCUCAAACAACACCAGCCCUCCAAUAUGCUUCGCCGAUUACAGACCACCGUCUCACACCAACAACACGACGGGGGUUGCAUCCGCCUACUUUUCUGCGGUCUUCAGUGCACUGGGCCUCAGCUCCAACCUGUUCGCCUUUGUGGUCCUGAUGAAGACCUACCAGCGGAGCCGCAGCAGCUCGCGCUCCUCCUUCCUCAUAUUCCUCUCCGGCCUGGUGGUGACCGAUUUCAUGGGGCUGCUGGUGACAGGCUCCAUCGUGGUCUCCUUCCGCAUCACCAAGUUCAACUGGGGCAAGUUGGACCCUCACUGUCACUUCUGCAACUUCAUGGGCAUGUCCAUGGUCUUCUACGGCCUGUGCCCCCUGCUGUUGGGGGCGGCCAUGGCCGUGGAGCGCUUUGUGGGCAUCAACCGGCCCUUUGCCCGCUCCGCACGCGUGUCUAAGGGCCGUGUCCUGAGCACGCUGCUGAUGGUGUGGGGGGUGGCGGGGGCCAUCGGCCUGCUUCCCAUCACGGGGCUCGGCAGCUAUCGCCUGCAAACUCCCGGCUCCUGGUGCUUCUUUAGCAUUAGCUCCCAGCCCCUGGACCUGACCUUCUGCCUGAUCUUCUCCCUGUUGGGGCUGCUGUCGCUGGCCGUGUCCUUCGUGCUGAACACCGUGAGCGUGGUGACGCUGUUCCGCGUCUGCUGUGGCCAGGCCGCCACCAUGCGCCGGAGGGACCAUGAGGUAGAGAUGAUGGUGCAGCUCAUCUGCAUAAUGAUCAUCGCCACCAUCUGCUGGUGCCCCCUACUGGUCUUCAUCGCCAGGACCGUACUGUCCGAUGGCCAGCUGAAGAUCGAGUAUCUGCUGCUGGGGAUCCGUUUUGCAACCUUAAACCAGAUCUUGGACCCCUGGGUCUACAUCCUGUUCCGCCGUUCCAUCCUUAAGCGCAUCUACCCCAAGGCUGACUGGUCCCGUGACUCCAUCAUGACCAUGCACCCCAACUUCUUGGUGUCUUUAAGGAAACUGACGCGCUCGUCACUGGGAGGGGGGCUCGACGAGGCCCCCAAACACAGGCCCUCGGAGUCGACCAACGAAUCAGCCACUCCUAUCCCCCUGCUGUCCUCCUGACCACAGCAACCACUCUGAUCCAGAAGCGUCAAACAACCUUCGGCCACUUGAUUCCACAAAGGAUCACACAUCUAAAAUGUGGCUUUAGCUCGAGUUCUGCACAGCGCGGCAAUGAAGCGAGAGAUCAGAUAUGAAUUGUUUAUGUAGGACGUAUAUAUAAAUGGAUGUCUUCUGCUUUGUGAAAGACAGCCAGGUCAUUACCUAAGAAGAUUUCUCCAGAGGAACGAGACCUGGUUCCCUGCUGGGUUCUGUGACGAUGCGAUUUAUUCUAGUCCAUGUUCUAAUGUGUAUCUAAUGUGUUUCAUAUGUCCGGUGGCAGGUUUAUUGCUUUGGGACUGUGGAGUGGCACAGUGGUUAGUGCUGUUGACUCACAUCUCUGGGCCCAAGGUUCAAGUCUCCACUAUGGUACCAUGUGUGUGGAGUUUGCAUGUCCUGUGUCGUCAUGGAGUUUCCUCCAGUUACCGUCUGCAGUCCAUAAAUGUACUGAGUUGAACUGAGAUUUCCAAAUUGCCUGUUUGUGUGUGUGUUGGUGCCCCCUCCUGGCUUGUUCCCUACCUUGUGGGGCCUCAUGCCUAAGCCCUUUGUCACUGUUUGUGGUAUAGAGAUUGGUCAACUUAGGCUGGGGCUGGCUAGUUAGACACUGUAUGUCUUUGGUUUUCAUUCUCUCAUGGCGCCACCGGGAUACAAUCACCUCAUGGUCGCAUAUAAUGUUAACCCUAGCCUAAGAACACAGGUAGCCAGCAAGUUAGCAGAACUUGCUGCUUCAAUAUCUCCCGAACAGGGAACAUGUUUGUGUAAUAUUUAGUGUAGUGACCGUUUAUAGCCAACAGGGGGCCCUAUGUGACUGCAUGGUUGUAAACACCACUGCUGCAUAUAGCUAAUUAAUCAAGGACAUAGGGAGAAUUUCAUAGGUAGCAGCAUAUAUAUGCUGAACAAAUGUCAUUAUGAAAUAUUAUAUGAAUAAUAUUUGGUAAGUACAUAGUUACGUGUCCAGGUGUAGCUGUCACUGGAGAAUAUAAUUAUACUUUUGCAUGUAUUCUUUUCAUAUCUAUGUUUCUUUCGAAGCAACUUUGUAAACUGGCAUGGCACAUCACACACCACAAAAUUGUACAGUCUCCAGUAAUGUUAUUUCGAGAGACAAUGCUUGUAUAUCUGAAUGCACAUUUUGCAUGUGAUAGCUCCCCCUGCUGGCUGAGAAUUUAGCAGGCGUAAGAGCGCGUAUUCAUUUCAGACGGGCAUUUGUGUAACUAUUUGAUGUGUAUAUCCCUCAUUUAGCCAGAAGUGCAGUUUCAGCAGAUAUGUAAUAUCACCAAUCGAUUUCAACACCUACCUGCUAUUUUUUGAUGAGGCAGGCAGCCUCAAGGACAGCUUUAGCUCCCUUAUACGUUUAUGCCUUUGUUCUUCAUGUUAAAAAUAAAAAUUCUUUUAUAUGAGC